GGUUUUCAACUCGAGAAGCUAGAGUUGCAUUAGGUAGACCACUACCACUGGAGUGGGAUGUUCGAGGGAAGAGUUACAAAGAAAUUGGUGAUUAUUCCCAACAUUUCUCUAGAGAGAUCGGCAUUCUCAUUCGACAAUAUGCCAAUCCUGACUAGGACCGAUGGGAUAAAUUACCCAUCGAAGUUAGGGAUCGCAUACUUCCUCGUCUAGAGGAUGAUUUAUUCGACAUUGGUCGAAGUCGAUAUGCCUCAGAGAACCUCCCCGGCAUUCUUUUGGGCAUUCAACGGUCGUGCGCUGAUCGUUACUCGGAGUGGAAGAAUGACUUGUCCACUCAUUUAAAAAAGAAUGGUCGAGCACAUCCUCCUGAUGGUUUGGGCAUGGAGAAAUGGCAGAAGGCGCUCCAGUAUUUUGAUCGCCCUGAAGUGAAGAGGCGUUCUGAGAUUAACUCUGCGAACCGUGCAAAACAAAAACAGAGAAGCGUGCAGGGCUCACAAUCUACGCCAGCCCUUCGUUACAAGAAGCGUGAUUUACAAACUGGGUGUCUUGCUGGGGUUCCAGAGAUUUGGAUGGCGACUAAGUACAUAGACGGGGAAGGUUGGGUGAGCAAGGCAGCAAAGGAUAACUAUGUAAGUAAAUUUAUAUUUUAUGAUUUUCUUACUUUAUUGUGUUGUAAAUUCUAAUAUUCUUGAAAAUUGUGUGAUACAUGAAAAGAUGAUGGAGAUACGUGACACUCUGCAGUCACAAUCAUCUACGAGCGCUUCUGCUUCGAGUACUAUCCCGAGAGAAGAGGAUGACAUUAUUCUUGUUGAGACGAUCUUUGGACGUCGUCGAGGCUAUCAGCCGGGCCUUGGUCGUAGGAUUCGCAUGAGGGCGAAUUGUGAAGCGGCUGAUGUACCUCAACCAGCCCAACCACCUCCUACCGCACAAGACAUGUAAGAGAUGAGGGAGCGACUCCGAGCCAUAGAGGAGCACUUGGCUAGGAUUGGUGGAGUCUCGGGAUCUGGAUCUUCUCAGCAAGGUCAUGGUGUCGAUCCUACAACACCUAGUUAAAAACAUUUAUAUUUAUGUAUUUUAAUUUUAC